AUGCGUUUCCUUCAGAGCACGUCUGUCCUUGUGGGCACCAUUCUUCCCUUCCUUUCCGCCUUCCCAACUUACCGCCCCAAUGAAAACGCAAUAAUCCCAGAUAAAUAUGUUGUCACCUUCAAGGAGGGCACCACCGAUGCUGAAAUGCACGCCCAUACCGCAUGGGUUUCCUCUGUUCAACGGCGAAAUCUUGCCGCUGGGUUUACAACUGCCGAAGCGCCUGGUGUUGAAGGCAUGUACAACAUAAACACUUUCAAUGCCUACUCUGGGUCAUUCGACCGGGAGACUAUCAAAGAAAUCAAGUCCCAUCCAAACGUCAAAUCCGUCGAGCCAGACAGGAUUGUCUAUGUUGCGGGCCUGGUAGAACAAACCGAUGCUCCAUUUGGGAUGAAGCGCAUUUCACAUCGCAGCCUCCCAAUCACAGACGGUUAUUGGUAUGAUGAUAAGGCAGGAGAAGGAUCCUUUGUCUAUGUCAUGGAUACCGGUAUCAACAAAGCCCACAAUGAUUUCGAGGGUCGCGCCAUCCCCGGAGUGAAUCUUCACCCAGAUUCUGCUUUCGAUGAUUCCACUGGCCACGGAACCCAUUGCGCAGGUAUUGCCGUCUCCAAGACCUACGGAGUUGCAAAGAAAGCUACCGUGGUCGAUGUCAAAGUCUUCAAUAGGGCAUCGGGCGCUUGGAGUUUACUUAUUAGCGGCCUCGAUUGGUCUGUGAAGAACAUUACUGGUGAAGGCAGACUUGCAAGAUCAUCUGUCAGCAUUAGCAUUAGCGGUGCUACUUACGGCCCAAUGAACGAGGCUGUGAAAGCCGCGGUUGAUGCUGGAGUUGUGGUUGUCGCCGCUGCCGGCAAUGACGGGCGAGACGCUAGCAGAAAUAGUCCCGGGAACGCCCCGGAAGCCAUUUGCGUAGGAUCCAUUAAUAGUCGUCGAAACACCGAUACACGCUCGAGGUUCUCAAACUACGGUUCCACUGUCGAUAUCUUUGCCAUCGGUGAAGGUGUCCUCUCCACAGCUCGCAACACUCGCACCGGCACUGCAAACAUGUCAGGAACUUCCAUGGCCACUCCACACAUUGCUGGCCUUGUUGGAUAUCUACAGAGCAUUCAUAAUCUCCCCAAUCCAGCUGCUGCAAGAAGGAUGCUCCUUCAAUUGGCGUCAACUGGGACGAUUGCAGAUGGACGGGGAAGUCCGAACAGGUUGGGCUACAAUGGUAGCGGCAAAUAA